CAUAAAAUAACCUCGAAAAGUUUUCCAAAUUUUUGAACACAUGUGUUGGAGUGUUGUAUUUAUCAUCAGAAACAACUUCUUAUCUUGAACAUUUGACUGUGAUUUGCUUUGUAUGUGGAAACCAAACAUUGACUGAUAAAUCAUGGGAAGAAAAGCCGGCUUCAACGAGGUAGAAAAACCUAAAAAAGGCCCAGGAAGAAAAGCUAAAAAGCAGAAGGAACCUGCGCUACCAAAAACGUUGCAAGAUGGAGGGAUCAAAAAAUUAAGCAGACGUCAGAAGUUACGUGCAAAGAACCGCAUAAAAAAACAGGUAGAGCGAGCAGCUAAAAGUGAGCUGGCCCAAAUAAAGAAUAUGAAGAAAAAAGAAAAAAUUGUUGAAGUAAUAAAUGCCCUAGCUGAUACAUCUAAAACAAACCUUGUUCAGAAAAGAAAAUUUGGUUUUAAUGAUGACAAUGACACAUGGUUGAAACCAAAACAGAGUAAAAAACCUAAAAAGAAGGAGGAAACUGAUUCAAGUGAGCAAGAGUCCGAUACUGAGGAAGAAGAUCAAGACAGCUUGAACAAUAUUGAAGGUUCUGACGAAGGAGAAGAAAACGUGGAAAGUGAAGAAGACACAAAUGAGGAAAGCGAAGAAGAAACAGAUGAAGAAAGUGAAGAAGAUGCUGAUAAUGCCAAAGUUGGAUCAUUGAAUGAUUUAAGUGAUUCUGAUAUUGAGAAUGAUGAAUAUGAGGGUGAAGAUAAUAGUGACCAAGAUGAUGAUAAUGAUAGUAAUGAUGAGGAAAAACUACUUCCUAUUGAAAGAAAGAACAAAAUCCUGGAAAAGAAAUUGGCAAAGGAGAAAAAAAUGGCUGAAGAAGAAUUAGCCUUGAAUAUUGCAUCACAAGAGAAAUUCCAAUUUCCAUCGAAAGAUGAGGAAGAAGUACUUAGCUUACAAGAUGUUCAGCAGAGAAUAAAAGAAGUCAUGUCAGUACUUGCCGAUUUUUCCAAUCAAAGGGAUAAAGAAAGGUCAAGGUCCGACUAUUUGGACCUAUUAAAACAAGAUUUAUGUACAUACUACAGUUAUAAUGAAUUCCUGAUGGAAAGGUUCAUGCAGCUUUUUUCGUUAUCUGAGCUCUUGGAGUUUUUGGAAGCUAGUGAGGUUCAGAGGCCAUUAACUAUAAGGACAAACAGUUUGAAAACGAGGAGAAGAGAUUUGGCCCAGGCCCUCAUUAAUAGGGGUGUUAAUUUAGACCCAAUUGGGAAAUGGAGUAAAGUUGGAUUAGUCAUAUAUUCAGCUCAAGUACCAAUUGGUGCAACACCAGAGUAUUUAGCAGGUCAUUAUAUCAUUCAAGGAGCCUCAAGUCUGUUGCCAGUAAUGGCUUUAGCGCCACAAGAAAACGAGAGAAUUCUUGAUAUGGCUGCAGCACCAGGUGGUAAAGCUUCACAUAUAGCUGCGAUCAUGAAAAAUACUGGCAAGUUAUUUGCCAAUGACAUUAAUAAGGACAGGAUAAAAGCAGUGUAUGGAAACUUCCAUCGAUUGGGUGUAGCAAACUCUGUAAUAACUACCAUGGAUGGUAGGAAAUACCCAAAAACAAUGAAAGAUUUUGACAGAGUUCUACUAGAUGCCCCUUGUACUGGAACAGGAGUUGUUGCCAAAGAUCCCAGUGUAAAAAUAAGUAAAGAUGAACAAGACAUACAACGUUGCUACAACCUUCAAAGACAACUCUUACUAGCUGCAAUCGAUUGUGUUAAUGCAAAGUCUGCAACAGGUGGUUAUAUUGUAUAUUCAACUUGUUCAGUUUUGCCAGAAGAAAACGAAUGGGUAAUUGAUUAUGCCUUGAAGAAAAGAAAUGUUAAACUAGUACCAACUGGCUUAGAUUUCGGAACUGAGGGUUUUGUCAAUUAUAGACAUCAUCGAUUCCAUCCUACAUUGAAAUUAACCAAAAGAUUUUAUCCUCAUACACAUAAUAUGGAUGGCUUCUUUGUUGCUAAACUUAAGAAAUUUUCCAAUAAAAUUCCACAACAUACAGAAGUUGAAGAAAAAGAGUAAUAAACAAGUUGUUCUCAGUUAUUGUUUAUUCAUUUCUAUUGUUCUAAAGUUAUAUUUAUAUUUUAUAUACCUUGUAAAAGAUAAAAUUUCAAUUAGUUUUAUUCAAUUAGAGAAGAAUGUAAUUUUUUGGGAUCUUGUGUGUGAACCUCCUAUUAAACAAGAUGAAAACUGA